AUGCUGCCCGACCGGGUUAAUAAUGGGUCAGCGCUUUCAUCCGCAACGGCCCGCGCUCUGGGUGCAUCCCAUGGCCCCAGCGACCCCGAAGACAGCGACAGCAGCGACGGGAUGGCGUCUGACGACACCGACGCCUCUUCGUUGGACAACGCUGCCACCGCCCGCCCAAGUGAUGACGACCAGCUCGGCCAGGUAGCUACGGAGCUGCCUGCCCGAGCUGGCUACACUGCAGUGGCCACGGCCGCUCAGGUGGGCACACACGCUACCACCAGCGAGGCCGUGUCCACUGCAGCAAUUGUUUAUGGUGUUAUUUCUGUCCCACUUACCUGUGACGACCGGCUCGGCUGGCAGGCAUCCCCGCUGCCUGACCGAGCCGGGUGUGGCGCUCUGAUGCCUAGCGGUGAUGAGCAGUCUGUUACGGCCUGCCUAGAGCACUACGACGACGAGAACAAGCGCAGCGAGGACGCCUGUAGCCAGAGCUCCUCCCAAGAUGUACCCAUGCCUGCCGUUGGGCAGCAGGGCCCUGUGCUCUCAGUGUACGCCGACAACGUUCCCACGUUCACGCGUACGCUGUGUGCGUACACUGCCUGCGACCUCGCGGCGCUUUCACGACACCGACGCACAGCGCAUCGUGGCACCUGCUUCGUAGACCACUUCCAUAGCGGGUGCACGUGCGGCAUCGGGCACCGGUCACGUGCAGCGGUAACGAAACAUGCCCUCACGUGUCUAGCCAGCCCCUCGUACACCGCUGCCGUUGCACGUGACUCGGGCAUACCUGCCUCGACUUCCCCGCCGUUGCAGACUCGCUCUGUUUGGCAUGCCUUGCGCCCAGAGGAGGAUCCAACACCGUACGGGCCCCUCAGCGCGGAAAUGGCUGCGGCCACAGCAGUUGCAUCAAGCCGCACUGUGCCCGCAGACGUUGCCCACCCACAGAGCGCCGUGCCUGCCGCUAUCACUGCCGCCGGGCACCAGCAUGUCCCCCCUAUGUGGUGCCCAUCUCUGUCCCAGAGUGACGUCCGGGUCGCUGGCAAGCACCGCCGUCUUGAUGACUUGGCCGCGGUGUUUCCCGACCUGGACGACCUCAUGGCUGACGCCAGUGUGGAGCCUUGCUAUGGACAGGUACAAGACGAAGACGUGGCAGACAUGGACGCUGUGGUUGCACCUGCAUCCACACGACGACCGACACGGUGGGGGCCUCGUCACCGCGCAGUGGGCGCAGCAGCCAUCACUCCGCCGACGACUGGUGCGCGUGCAACCCCGGCUCCGGCAGUGCGACGACCGCUGACUCCUGCCGCAUCCGGCACUCGUGCCACGCGGUGGGGGCCACGUCACGGCGCGAUCGGGGGUGCGGCGGUUGCCCACCUUGUCACUGGUGAGCCGACUGUACCCGCACCCGCUGUUAGGCCCCCACUGCCAGCAGCGCCACGACGUGCGAUGACGCGUUUGGGCCCGCGUGUUGCGGUGACGGUUCCUAUAAAAGGGCGCCGCACCUGCUUACGCAGAACAUCAUCCAUCGCUGACCGUGCACCUGCUGCAGCGACUUCUCCAGUCCCCACCGACCCACCGCCCUCGCCAGCCCCAAGCCCUGCCAGUCCGUGUCCGUCCGUUGAUGUGGCUGCAGGUGAAGCGGAGUCCAAGCCCUGGCUUAUGCGGUUCGACGGUGCGUGCCGGCAGAACCCUGGACCCGGGGGCGCUUGUGCUGCUCUCUUCGACUCGAGCGGCACCGUGGGGUGGACUUGUUCGCACUUCCUCCCCGCCAGCACUGAGACGAACAACACUGCUGGAUACACCGCUCUGCUGGUGGGGGUGCAGAGUGCCGUCCACCAUGGUGCCACGUGA